CUUAAGCACUUCCUUCUCCCCGCCCAUUUACAACUACUUCCUCAAAUCCUCAUUCCUUGCAUGUGGCUGUAGGAAGGAUCCUGUAUUUUCUGUGCUGUAACAUGUCUCAAGAGGAGUUCAACCGGGCCGCGGAAGAGGCGAAGAUUCUGAAAACGCAGCCAGAAAAGAACGAAGUUUUGCAGAUCUAUUCUUUGUACAAGCAAUCCACUGUGGGGGAUGUGAACAUAAGCCGUCCGGGACUGUUUGACCUCGCAGGGAAACAAAAAUGGGACGCCUGGGAAACCAAGAAAGGGAUGAGCAAAGAAGAUGCCAUGAAAGCCUAUAUCGACUUUGUGGAGGAGAUGAAGGGGAAAUAUGGCUUGGCGGACUGAGAAUGAAGUCUUCCCUGUGUAUGUGAUCAUGGUGCCUCUGGGGUCGUAGAUCCAAGGGCUAAAUUCUAUUGGGGAAGUCUUACAAAGAAACGGGACUCCUCAGGGUGGCCAUGUAGGUUUCUAAUAAUCCGGACUAAAAUAGUCUGCAAUCUACCGUCAAAAGUAUAAAUGUAUUUAAAUCAAGAAAUAAUUACAAUGUCCCUGUCUUGAAAAUUGGAUGCAUUAUGCUGGUUUGAUGACCGAUAUGCGUUUUGUGUGUGUGUCUGUUUUUUAAUGAUAACUUGCUUUGAUAUUGUGAAUGAACUAAACUCAGUUUAUCUAGAGGGCUCUAACAGCAGUCCAAAAGAGAAGCUGUACUGUUCCACCAUGACUCCAGUUUAUUGUUCGGUCAGAGACUGAUCACAAAGCUGCUGUGUUUGACUGAAUGCAAUUUUUUCAGUAUAGUGACUAAACUGAUGAAUGAAAAAUGGCAAAAAGGAAAAACAAACAAGCAAACAGGCAAAUUGUAGAGAUUUCUCUUUUGUAUUGCAUACUUCUAUGAGAUGACCCUAAGUAGGAGCUCUACUCUGACAGUUUCAUACAUUCCAACAUGUCAACAACCUGUGCCUGAGAGUUUCACCUACAGAAUAAAAUAAUCAAGAGUGCUAGCAGUAGGCCUAUAUAAUCACAUGCUUUUUUGUGUGGCUUUGUUAGGAAAGCUGUACUUAGAACGUGUGCCAUUGAACAAUCUGUAUUGCCCAGAAAAAUGUGAUUUUUAUAAAGUUUUUCAAUAGUUGAAAUACAA